CUCUCUCUCUCUCUCUCUCUCUCACACGCACACACACCAUGUCCCUAAACCGCCUCAAAGAAACCCUCCGAUUCUCCUCCACCACCACCACCACCUCCUCCUCCUCCGCCGCAUCUUCUUUCUCCCUCUCCGAACCCCUUCCUCCUCUGAGGAAACCCCCCAAAUCCUCGCUCUCUCAGCAGCUCCAACGCCUCCACCUCCCCUCCUCCUCCUCCUCCUCCUCUUCCUCCUCCGAUCCACCUCCGCUUCCUCCGCCUCCGCCUCCGCCUCCGCCUCCGCCCCCACGACGACGAGAGGAAGAAGAAGGCGACAAAGACGAGGACGAGGACGAGGACGACGAUGGUGAAAGGGACGGUGCACUAUCUCGCCCUAAUCGGGAGCCCGUUCUUUCUCAGCCUUUCUCUUUCGAGGUGCGGGGGCCUUACGAGCCCUUGGUCCUCUCGUCCCCCCGGGAGGAUCCGAUCGUGCAGGUUCCUGCAUCAAUCAAUUGUAGGCUUCUUGAACAUCAAAGAGAUGGCGUGAGGUUCUUGUAUAAUUUGUACAAGAACAACCAUGGUGGCGUACUUGGGGAUGACAUGGGCUUGGGGAAGACCAUCCAAACAAUUGCCUUUUUGGCUGCUGUGAUGGGAAAAGACCCUGAACAAGGAGACCAUUUGAAAGACACGAAAGACCAUUAUAUGAAUAAAGGUCCAGUACUUAUCCUCUGCCCCACUACUGUAAUUCGCAACUGGGAAAACGAGUUUUCUGAAUGGGGGGAUUUCACAGUCGCUGUUUAUCACGGACCUAAUCGGGAAUUAAUACUAGAUAAAAUUGAGGCACAAUGCGUGGAGAUACUCAUAACUAGUUUUGACACUUUCAGGAUUCAUGACAAAAUUUUAUCUGAGAUCUCAUGGGAAAUUGUGAUUGUUGAUGAAGCUCAUCGUUUAAAGAAUGAAAAAUCUAAACUCUAUACAGCAUGUUUAGGAAUAAGAACAAGCAAAAGGUAUGGACUCACAGGGACUAUAAUGCAGAACAAGAUAUUAGAAUUAUUUAAUCUGUUUGACUGGGUUGCACCUGGGUCUUUGGGAGAUAGAGAGCAUUUUCGAGCUUUUUAUGAUGAGCCAUUAAAGCAAGGUCAGAGGUUCAGUGCUCCUGAAAGAUUUAUUCAAAUUGCUGAUGAGCGCAAAAAGCACCUUGUUGCAGUUCUAAGAAAAUAUUUAUUAAGAAGGACAAAGGAGGAGACCAUAGGGCAUCUGAUGCUUGGAAAAGAAGAUAACGUUGUUUUCUGCAAAAUGAGUGACCUACAGAAGCGUGUUUACAGGAGAUUAUUGCAACAACCUGAUAUACAGUGCCUUGUAAAUAAAGAUCUUCCUUGUAGCUGUGGAAGUCCUCUAACUCAGGUGGAGUGUUGUAAAAAAAUUGAGCCUAAGGGCAUUAUUUGGUCUUAUCUCCAUAAGGACAACCCCGAUGGUUGUGCUUUGUGCCCUUUCUGCCUCGUUCUUCCUUGCCUAGUCAAGCUUCAGCAGAUUAGCAAUCACCUGGAGCUGAUAAAGCCUAGCCCUAAGGAUGAAAGUGAGAAACAAAAGAAGGAUUCUGAACUAGCAGCUGCUGUCUUUGGUGAUGAUAUUGGCUUGGUUGGCGGUGGUGCUAAAAGUGAAAGUUUCAUGGGCCUUAGUGAUGCAGAACAUUGUGGGAAAAUGCGAGCAUUGGAAAAGCUGUUGGCAUCAUGGACUUCGCGUGGUGACAAGAUACUUCUAUUCAGCUACUCUGUCAGGAUGCUUGACAUACUGGAGAAGUUCCUAAUACGGAAAGGCUAUUGCUUUUCCCGGUUCGACGGUUCAACUCCCAUGAAUGCACGUCAGUCACUUGUUGAUGAGUUCAACAGAAGUCCAAGUAAACAGGUUUUCCUAAUAUCAACUCGGGCAGGUAAUCUAGGCGUGAAUCUUGUGAGUGCUAACCGUGUCGUAAUAUUCGAUCCGAGUUGGAAUCCAGCACAAGAUUUGCAGGCUCAAGACAGAUCGUUUCGCUAUGGACAGAAACGGCAUGUUGUAGUAUUUCGUUUACUUGCUGCUGGUUCGUUUGAAGAACUUGUUUAUUCACGGCAAGUGUAUAAACAGCAGCUUUCCAAUAUCGCUGUUUCGGGGAAAGUGGAAAAGCGUUACUUUGAAGGUGUUCAGGACUGCAAGAAGUUUCAAGGAGAGUUAUUUGGAAUUUGCAAUCUGUUCCGAGACCUGUCUGACAAGCUUUUUACAAGUGAGAUCAUUGAAAUGCAUGAGGAGCAAGGGAGGAAUACUGGAACAGAUAAUGUGCCAGUAAGCCUGAAAAUUGAUGUUAAAUCUAAUGCUAAUGAAGCCAAUAAGGUAUCAAACUUACUGAAGUCUUAUGGGGAAGCAACUCGUGCUGAAAAUGAGGCAACACUGGAUGAUUUGGGCAUAGUGUAUGCCCAUCGCAACGAAGACGUCGUUAACAUGAAAAUGGGAGGAAAUCAUGGUGGAAUAAGUACCCAUGAAGAUGAUACCAACAAGACUUUUCCUACCAAGGCAGCAGAUAGAAGCCAUGAAAGGAAACAUGUAAAGUUGAGAGGAGGAGAACCUUCGUUAGCCCAUCAAAAAAGAAGAGAGUUUAGUCGAAUUGCUCGAUACAUGAAUAUGGGGGAGCUCGAGUUCAGUAAGUGGUUACUCUCUGCUUCUUAUUUAGAGAGGAUGGAAAUGCUACAGAACUACAAGAAAAAGAAGAAGAAGAAGAAGAAGAAGAAGAAACAGAAGGUUGAAGUUGAUUAGAAAAUAGAAACUUGAAACCGCUGAAAGGAACUAACAAAUAUGGUUAUUAAAGGUGAAUCACAGCAACCCUUCACUGUAGAAUUAAAAAAUGUAUAGUUUAUCUUUCAGGUCCGCCCUUAUUGUUUGUUCAGUAAGGGCGUGUUUGUUUAUGACCGAGUGGGAGAGGUAAGUCGCCAGUUUGAGGAGGUUUUCGAACCUCCUCGAAAACCUCCGAUGUUUGGUAAGGUGAGUAAUUUUUGGAAGUCAAGUAUUUCUAUACAGGACCCGCAUUAAAAAUUGUGCAGAAUCUCCCCUACUUUGUGUAUGGAGGGGGGACUCGACUUCGUCCUUCCCCAAUGCGCGCAAUGUUGAGUUCCACAAAGUCAGUGAAUUUGCUGUACCGAGAACGGAAUUACCAAACACACCCUUACCCCUUGUAUAUCGGUGUAGAUAUAAAAUUAUAUACAUAACAUAACUAAUUAGCUAGAAGGCUUUCGUUACGGUGAUGAUGAUUCUUUUUAUUUCGGUUUUGUGUUUUUGCUUGCUUCGUGUAUAUAUCUCGACAAGAUCUUUUUUAUUCAGUAUGUUUGGAAUUGAGCAGGUGACAAGUUGAGUAUGUAAUAAUACCCUCUCGUAAUAUAUGGCUUUGUUGUUAAUCAACAAGUUUAGGCACAAGUUGUUAUUGUUUA